AUGGGGAUAGAGCGAGGUCCAAGAGCCACGCUGGCCUUCACACUCAACUGUGCUGCCUUUGCUCUGGCCGUCUCAGCCGUUACGACCAGCUACUGGUGCGAAGGGACCAGGAAGGUGGCCAAGCCUUUCUGCACAGGACCAGUCAAGGUCAAACAGACGUACUGCAUCCGCUUCAACAGCUCUGACAUCAACAAUACGCGCCUGGUGCAGUACAUCUAUGAGACUGGAGAAGAGAAGUUCCUCAUGAGAAAGUUCCACACAGGAAUAUGGUUCUCCUGUGAACAGGCUGUCGACCUAGUAGGAUUUACCUGUAGAGAAUUCCUAGAGAUCACACCAGAUCAUGAAAGAGGGGUGCUAUGGUUGUGCAUUGUUGGUGAGUGUCUGUACAUCUCUCUGCUCUUCACUGGAGGCAUGCUCAUGGCGGUGGAGAUGUGCCACUGUUGUAAUAUGAUGAACAGACUCAAGCUGAACGCCUUUGCAGCCCUGUUCACUGCACUCUCAGGCCUUUUUGGAAUGGUGGCAAAUAUGAUGUUCACUACAGCUUUCCAGCUUGCAGUCAUCAUGGGUCCAGAAGACUGGAAACCUAAAACCUGGGACUACAGCUGGUCCUAUCUUUUGGCCUGGGCCUCCUUUGCUACCUGUAUGGCCUCGGCUGUCACCGCCCUUAACCACUACACCAAGACCAUCAUCCAGUUCAAGUUCAAGCGGCGGAAUAUCGAGAAAAACCUACGGAUCAAGCAGAAGCUUCUAGAGCUGGACAUCCCUGAAGGCUUAUGGGACGUUUAUCUGACCUCAGACUCUGAUCCUGCGGACCUGCACAUUGACUUGCCGGUGAAUGGCAUCAAACCACUCUGUUCUCCAGUCCCCACAGCACUGGACUCACAGGGUGAAGAGUACUGCUAAGGCUCUGCGCUCUUUCUUUUCUCUCAUGCACAACCAACUGUGAAUUUCUAAGUAAAACAUUAUGAAUCAACAAACCUACAUUAAUAAAACCACAUUUGGUUAAGACUAUAUUGUGCUAUUUUGACGGUUCUUGCUA